UAAAACCCUUUUUAGCCAGCCCAUUACGGGUUAGUCCAAACCCACAAUGGAACAGGAACGGGCCUUUUCGACCCGUCUGGAUUUAAAUUUAUUUAUUUGCAAAUUAACCUUGCGGCAUCGAGCGGUACUUCUUUCACGCCCAUCAUAGGUUUGGUAUUCCUUAAUGGGACGACCAAGCAGGAGUCCGGGCCCGAUAUACUCAUAUCAAAUGAAAUCCGUUAAAUUUUCUUCUGUAAAUGCGACAUUUAAUGUGUUCAAAUCGAAAACAAAAUUUGGUCGGGUCGUCGUUUCCCAUCUUUCGCCAAGCUGCCCGACCCCAUUGAGGGUCAGAUCCAUUGCCACUUUAAGCACUUUUGAGGCCCACGGUUCAAUUUCCUUACAGGCAUUGUAGAUACCGACAUAGAACAAAACUAUUAGUAAUGUGUAGAGAGAGAGAGAUGAGGUAGAUGAGGCCCAAAAGAAGGCGAAGCCUUAUCUCAUUAUGACCACCUCGCCUAUGACCUUGACUAAAUGCAAUCCUGUUCAAAUUCAUCUGUAACGGAACGGCAAUUUUUCAAAUCUGCUUAAAAAAAUAGCUUUGCAAAAGUUCAUUUUAAUAUUUUCUGAAUACAAGGCCAUGUUCUAAAAUCUGAAUAAUUUAUAUAAUAAUAAGUAUUUAUCAAUUUUUCUUUUAUUUGAUUACAAAAUCCUAAAAAAUACACUAUUUAACGUCGGUUUACUUUAUUGAUUAGCGAGGUAAACCCAAUAUCGAUCGAUAUAAUCAAUUAAUCAUUAGUAAAUAUCCUAACAAAAAUGGUGGACGAUAGAAAUCCUAUAUUUACAACAACUUCAGUGGCAUCCACAUCCUCUGAUACAUGCUUCCAAUGUCUAGUUUGCUUGUUUCGUCCCGUUAUCCAACUGUUAUGCCUCUUUGGACUUUCUGAUGACUUGCAGAUGUCCUGCCAUCACUCGUUUGCAUUUCUUCACCGUUUAUACAGUGUGAUUAUGAUGAUUACUUGCUGGUUUUCUCUCUUUUUAUGUUUCUCAUUAUUUACUUUCUUUUAUUCGGAUUUUAUUUCUUUCUUUCAACAAUUUAUCAAGGUUCCUAUCAACGCAACUCACUUGUUUCUAUGCAUCUCCUUCCUCCUUCGUUCCACAUUCAUUGCCACACUUUUCAACUCUUCUUCUCGUCGUCGGUUUCUCACCUCCAUCCGAAAAUAUUGGAAAGAAAUGGAUGAUACUUUGCACGUUUCUUUGGAUUUUAUUUAUUCCAUCCAAUAUCAGUUACUAUACGUGUGCUUUCCUUUCGCGAUAUCGUCUUGCAUGACCAUUUGCAUAAUUUUUGUCGACCAUCAUUUCGAAUUUGGAAAUUAUGAUACAAAAAACAGGCUUUCCGUUAUGUAUUUUACUUACACUUCUCUAUUAAUUCCAUGUUUCUUUCUUGUUGGUAUAGUUACUUCGGUUCUCAUUUAUUUCCUUCUUUUUUCCUUGACUGUAAUAAAGGGGUUCUCUGAAGUAAAUUCUACUAUAGCGGAAAUGAGCGAAGGGCCCGUUACCAUGUCUAUGCUAUAUUCCAUACACAGUCGCCAUCAGCAAUUGUGCGACAUAAUAUUAGAAGCUGAUUCGUGUUUCGGGGGUUUCAUCUUUAUUAAUUUCGCCACCGUUAUCCCAGAUAUUUGUGCGUGCAUCUACGAUUUCAUUUUGUUGGAAAGUGAUAGGCACGAUACAAUAAUUAUUGUAUGGUGGAUGUGUCUGGUAUCGGCUAACUUCUUGCUUAUGGCUGUUUCGUCUGCUUUCUUAUCAAAUUCGGCACACGGCUGCUUCGAUGCCUUGAAUACCUUAGCAUUCCGUGAUUUACCCCAUUUGAUGCAAGGAAAGAUAAGUAUUAUGUUGGAGAGAAUAAAUGGACCCGUUAUUGGCUUUUCUUGCAUGGGUUUGUUCGCUAUCACGAAAGGGACCUUAUUGAAUGUGCUUGGAGUGAUUACCACAUUCUUCUUGACAGUCCUACAAAUUAAAGUUUCAAACCAAUGAACACAUUAAGAAACAAUAAUGAUCUGUAAAUUUCUAAAUGUAUACCUUAAAGGGUAUCUUGCAAUUUGCCUUUACUGAAUUGUUAAAUAACAAGCUAAAUAUUUAAAAAUGGUGUAGAGUUAGUAUACAAAAAUCUCCGACACUGGCUCCUCUGAUUAAUCAAUACACCUUGAACAGCAUGAGAAGUUUAAAGAACACUAACAUUUUUGACCUGGUUAAUGGGCCAUUUAGAGAAAAGUUAAAAUUACAAUAAAAUUCUUUGUAGAUGCCUCAGUUAUGUGGCCAUCUCUGAAAACGGCAUAAGUUUUAAUAUAAAUCAAACUCCAUCUCGAAGGAGCAUCUUGAAGUGAUAUUUAUCCCCGUUUACGUGGCCAAUAGAACAGAAAAAUCCUGCAUUCGAUUGACCUUAUCUGAAUGUGGCCAAUUAACUGGUCAAAGUUGCUAGUGUUCUUUAAACUUCAUCCACUGUUAAAGGUGCAUUGAUCGAUUCAGUAGAAUAACAACUGUGGCUAUUAUCUUCAGCUCCUUAAUUUUUAAAUCUCGGAUUCCUUCUAAAACCUCAAUAGUACAUUUAUUACUGCUACGCAAAUUGUUAGGCUACUUUUUUGACUUAAAUAUAGGUUAUAAGUCUAAUGGUUAUUAUAGCUAUGCCUUAGAACAGAAGUACACACUUGAGACUAAGAGCAUAUCGUAAUUUAUGAAAGUUAAAAUAAUAUUUUCUUAAAAUUUUAUAUUGUGGUUGGAGUCAGAGUUAGAACAUAUAUAUUUAUAUUUUUUUACAAACACAGACUUUGCAGCUAUUUAAAAAUAUUAAAUCUAGAAUAAACAGAA